AUGUCCUUCUCCUCCUUUCCCCCUGUCCUUCUCCUCCUUUCCCCCUAUCCUUCUCCUCCUUUCCCCCUGUCCUUCUCCCCCUCUCCCCUUGUCCGUCUCCUCCUUUCCCCCUGUCGUUCUCCCCCUCUCCCCCUGUCCUUCUCCUCCUUUCCCCCUGUCCUUCUCCCCCUCACCCCCUGUCCUUCUCCUUGUACCCUGUCCUUCUCCCCCUCUCCCCCUGUCCUUCUCCUCCUUUCCCCCUGUCCUUCUCCCCCUCUCCCCCUGUCCUUCUCCCCCUCUCCCCCUGUCCUUCUCCUCCUUUCCCCCUGUCCUUCUCCUUUCACCCUGUCCUUCUCCCCCUUUCCCCAUGUCCUUCUCCCCCUCUCCCCCUGUCCUUCUCCUCCCUUUCCCCCUGUCCUUCUCCCCCUUUCCCCCUGUCCUUCCCUCCCUCUCCUCCUGUUCUUCUCAGCUCCCUUCCCCCCUGUCCUCCUUCCCCCUGUCCUUCUCCCCCUCUCCCCCUGUCCUUCUCUCCCUUCCCUCCAGUUCUUCUCAUCUCCCUCUCCCCCUGUCCUUCUCCUCCUUUCCCCCUGUCCUUCUCCCCCUCUCCCCUUGUCCGUCUCCUCCUUUCCCCCUGUCGUUCUCCCCCUCUCCCCCUGUCCUUCUCCUCCUUUCCCCCUGUCCUUCUCCCCCUCUCCCCCUGUCCUUCUCCUCCUUUCCCCCUGUCCUUUUCCUUUCUCCCCCUGUCCUUCUCCCCCUCUCCCCCUGUCCUUCUCCUCCUUUCCCCCUGUCCUUCUCCCCCUUUCCCCAUGUCCUUCUCCUCCCUUUCCCCCUGUCCUUCUCCCCCUUUCCCCCUGUCCUUCCCUCCCUUUCCUCCUGUUCUUCUCAGCUCCCUUCCCCCCUGUCCUCCUUCCCCCUGUCCUUCUCCCCCUCUCCCCCUGUCCUUCUCUCCCUUCCCUCCAGUUCUUCUCAUCUCCCUCUCCCCCUGUCCUUCUCCUCCUUUCCCCCUGUCCUUCUCCCCCUCUCCCCUUGUCCGUCUCCUCCUUUCCCCCUGUCGUUCUCCCCCUCUCCCCCUGUCCUUCUCCUCCUUUCCCCCUGUCCUUCUCCCCCUCUCCCCCUGUCCUUCUCCUCCUUUCCCCCUGUCCUUCUCCCCCUCUCCCCCUGUCCUUCUCCUCCUUUCCCCCUGUCCUUUUCCUUUCUCCCCCUGUCCUUCUCCCCCUCUCCCCCUGUCCUUCUCCUCCUUUCCCCCUGUCCUUCUCCCCCUUUCCCCAUGUCCUUCUCCCCCUCUCCCCCUGUCCUUCUCCUCCCUUUCCCCCUGUCCUUCUCCCCCUUUCCCCCUGUCCUUCCCUCCCUCUCCUCCUGUUCUUCUCAGCUCCCUUCCCCCCUGUCCUCCUUCCCCCUGUCCUUCUCCCCCUCUCCCCCUGUCCUUCUCUCCCUUCCCUCCAGUUCUUCUCAUCUCCCUCGCCCCCUGUCCUUCCCGCACUUUCUCCCAUGUCUUUCCCCCCAUUUCCCCCUGUCUGUGUCCCCCUUUCCCCAUGUCCUUCUCCCCCUCUCCCCCUGUCCUUCUCCUCCUUUCCCCCUGUCCUUCACCACCUUUCACCCAGACCUUCUCCCCCUUUCCCCAUGUCCUUCUCCCCCUCUCCCCCUGUCCUUCUCCUCCCUUUCCCCCUGUCCUUCUCCUCCUUUCCCCCUGUCCUUCUCCUCCUUUCCCCCUGUCCUUCUCCCCCUCUCCCCCUAUCCUUCUCCUCCUUUCCCCCUGUCCUUCUCCCCCUCUCCCCUUGUCCGUCUCCUCCUUUCCCCCUGUCCUUCUCCCCCUCUCCCCCUGUCCUUCUCCUCCUUUCCCCCUGUCCUUCUCCCCCUCACCCCCUGUCCUUCUCCUUGUACCCUGUCCUUCUCCCCCUCUCCCCCUGUCCUUCUCCUCCUUUCCCCCUGUCCUUCUCCCCCUCUCCCCCUGUCCUUCUCCUCCUUUCCCCCUGUCCUUCACCACCUUUCACCCAGACCUUCUCCCCCUUUCCCCAUGUCCUUCUCCCCCUCUCCCCCUGUCCUUCUCCUCCCUUUCCCCCUGUCCUUCUCCUCCUUUCCCCCUGUCCUUCUCCUCCUUUCCCCCUGUCCUUCUCCCCCUCUCCCCCUAUCCUUCUCCUCCUUUCCCCCUGUCCUUCUCCCCCUCUCCCCUUGUCCGUCUCCUCCUUUCCCCCUGUCGUUCUCCCCCUCUCCCCCUGUCCUUCUCCUCCUUUCCCCCUGUCCUUCUCCCCCUCACCCCCUGUCCUUCUCCUUGUACCCUGUCCUUCUCCCCCUCUCCCCCUGUCCUUCUCCUCCUUUCCCCCUGUCCUUCUCCCCCUCUCCCCCUGUCCUUCUCCUCCUUUCCCCCUGUCCUUCUCCCCCUCUCCCCUUGUCCGUCUCCUCCUUUCCCCCUGUCGUUCUCCCCCUCUCCCCCUGUCCUUCUCCUCCUUUCCCCCUGUCCUUCUCCCCCUCACCCCCUGUCCUUCUCCUUGUACCCUGUCCUUCUCCCCCUCUCCCCCUGUCCUUCUCCUCCUUUCCCCCUGUCCUUCUCCCCCUCUCCCCCUGUCCUUCUCCUCCUUUCCCCCUGUCCUUCUCCCCCUCUCCCCUUGUCCGUCUCCUCCUUUCCCCCUGUCGUUCUCCCCCUCUCCCCCUGUCCUUCUCCUCCUUUCCCCCUGUCCUUCUCCCCCUCACCCCCUGUCCUUCUCCUUGUACCCUGUCCUUCUCCCCCUCUCCCCCUGUCCUUCUCCUCCUUUCCCCCUGUCCUUCUCCCCCUCUCCCCCUGUCCUUCUCCUCCUUUCCCCCUGUCCUUCUCCCCCUCUCCCCUUGUCCGUCUCCUCCUUUCCCCCUGUCGUUCUCCCCCUCUCCCCCUGUCCUUCUCCUCCUUUCCCCCUGUCCUUCUCCCCCUCACCCCCUGUCCUUCUCCUUGUACCCUGUCCUUCUCCCCCUCUCCCCCUGUCCUUCUCCUCCUUUCCCCCUGUCCUUCUCCCCCUCUCCCCCUGUCCUUCUCCUCCUUUCCCCCUGUCCUUCUCCCCCUCUCCCCUUGUCCGUCUCCUCCUUUCCCCCUGUCGUUCUCCCCCUCUCCCCCUGUCCUUCUCCUCCUUUCCCCCUGUCCUUCUCCCCCUCACCCCCUGUCCUUCUCCUUGUACCCUGUCCUUCUCCCCCUCUCCCCCUGUCCUUCUCCUCCUUUCCCCCUGUCCUUCUCCCCCUCUCCCCCUGUCCUUCUCCUCCUUUCCCCCUGUCCUUCUCCCCCUCUCCCCCUUACUAAAGCUGAGCGGUACCCAAGCCCCUGCCUGCUCAUCGCUAUCAUGUUAUCUCAUUGCAUCCCUGUCCAACUUGGCAGUGUUCAUCCUUUCCCCCAGUCCUUCUCUCCCUUUCCUCCGAUUCUCAGCUCCCCCUCUCCCAUCCUUCACUCACUUUCCCCCAUGUCUUAAUCUCCCUUUCCCCCUGUCCUUCUCCCCCUUUCCCCCUGUUCUUCUCUCCCUUCAUUUGCCUUAUUCUCACCUCCCUUUCCCCCUGUCUUUCUCCCCUUCGCCCCCCUGCCCUUAUUUUAAUUUUCCAGGCCAGCAGCACCACAGCAGCGGCUUCAGCGUGCAACCCAUGCAGAUCAAGCUGCAAUUCAACACUGUCAGUUGCACCCACACCAUUCCUGCUACUACCACGCACACCACUUCUGCUGGUAACUGCAGCGACGCAGCUAUCCCCAUUACCACAAGAACCCCAGCUGCUGCUGCUGCUGCUGCUGCUGCUGCUGCUGCUGCUGCUGGUAACCGCAGCCACAUAGCGUCGGAGCAGGGCAGUGAAAGCACGGACCAGUGCUCGGCUAUCAUCACCACAGAGUGUUUGUAA